UGGUCAUGUUCAUCGUGCCCCAAGAGCUUCACUCGCAAGGGCGAUCUUACUCGCCACCAGCUGCUGCAUACCGGAAUCAAGCCACACAUGUGCGACACAUGCAAAAAAGGGUUUGCCCAGUAUUCAGGUCUCAAGACCCACCUCAAUACACACACCAAGGCCAAGCCUUACGUGUGUGGUAUUGGCACUUGUAUGAAAGCGUUCAGUGAUCCCUCGUCUUGUACUCGCCAUCGAAAGGAAACUCACAGACGCGAGGGCGCGUACAAGUGCACUGUACCAGAAUGUGGUACAAGAAUCAAACGGCGAUCUGCUUUUGUCGCACACAUGAAGAAGCAU